AUGCACCUCUACGUUACUUUCAUUUGGUUGCCCCCCUCCCAACUUUUUCCUCCCUGUACUGUUGUUCAGACACUUGCGAAACGCUUUCAUUUGCCCAUCCCCACAUUCACCCCCCUUAGUCAAACAUCUCGAACCUUUUGUUAUCACCUUUCUUUUCUUUUUUUUUCCAAUCUACACUACCUGGCACCUUUAAAGAGUGGGGAAAGGGGGCUUUUCUUCCCUUCUCUCUCUUCCGGUGUCACUUUCUCCUUUUUUUUCUUACGUUUGUUCCGUGCGAAUCCCCUCGCACGUGGGGCGGACCGUUUGUCUGCUCAUUUCUUUAUUCCUUUCCCCGUCGUCAGAGACGGUGAGCGCAUGUGUCGGAACGUGGCGUGCCAACUUGCGUAUGAAUGGUUGGAUGGGAAUUUCUUCGGUAGAAUAAUGGAAGAGAAUGUUCUAGAGGGAAGUGUGUACUCAAACACUACCUUCCGCUGA